UCAAUUUGGCAACAAAAAUAAAGGAAAUCCAAGAUGGCGCGAGCCAUUUUGACGGGCUGAGCCAGUGUGACAAGUUUUUCGGAUUAUUUUUAAUAUUUGUGUUUGUUUUUGAUCAAAAUUACCCAACCCAUUUCAGUUCCUGUCCGGUGCAUGUGUGUGUGCAGUGAAACUGUCCGAAAAACAACUUAAGCCCCGGAAAAUCACCAGGAAAAGUUUACAACUCAUCACAACACCUCAAGAUUUUUUUGUUUUUUCGAUAUUCAGGGUCAGGCCUUCUUAUUGGCAAUUCUCACGCAGGGGGGCUCAGGGAAAAUAUAGUUAUCGGAAACAAACACCGCAAUCUUCAAAAAACUGCCAAAUCGAACCGAUGUCACUCCAAAUUCAUCUAGAGCAACAGAUAUAGUUAAGAAGAUCAGAAUCAAACACAGAAGGUUUUAACGGCUGAUUAACCAUGGAAGCAAUCCAGUACGAGUUAGCUCGCAACAUGACACUGUUGUUCUUUUUUGAGCGGUUGCUGGAUAAGGGCGAGCCGCGCACUUUACACGACCUCAGUUGCCAAUUUGGCUCCAAAGGAUUCACGAAGGAAAUGAGGCAAAUCGCUGGGGGGUCUCAGAGUGGGCUGAAAAAGUUUCUCGCCCAGUACCCGUCGCUGUUUUCCAUGGAGGGAGAAUAUGUGACGAUCAGCACCUUCCAACACUCUGGAAGCAAGAGCUCAACAGGCACCAAAGACUACAACACCCAAGCAGUGGAAUACUUUUCUGAGAAACUGCUCCAGUAUGGGGAAGGAACGGAGGUACCUAUUCGGAGCCUUUUGGGGCACAGGUCUCAGGCUUCGCCGGAAGUUCGCCACGUGUCCGGGCAACAUUUCCACGAGUUUAGGGAGUUUCUGUUGAAACACCCCAAAACCUUUGGAAUUGACGAUGAAAAGGAAACUGUCAUUUUAACUAAUUAUGAAGAGGUUCGUUUGCAAUGCCCAAAUACUGAACUGCACUUUCAUCCGGAUGCGCAAAUUGAUCCGCAAGAAACCCAAACUCUAUUGGACUUCUUGGCCGAAUGCAUCGAAGUCAAGGGGCCGAUAUUAGUAGAGCAGCUCUUCCAGAUAGUCAGUUGCAAUAUGGAUGAGAACGUCUGGUCCAACCUUUUCAAUAAUCCCACUCAACUGUCCAGCUUUCUACGACUAUUCUCGGAUAGCUUCCACAUCCAGUCCAAUCUGGUGACUUUGCUGCAGAGCCCCAAGAUUAGCCAAAAGCACAUCACUGCCCAGGUGGAUUUAAUCAAAGAGAACAAACUGAAAGAACAGGAGAGAAGCAACGAAGAGGCGAAGAAUGCCAAAAACAUUUCCAAUAACAUUGCCAGCGAAAAGGUCGAUCCGAAACUUCCAACGCAAAACUCCGUAGAAAAGGUUGAUAGAAGUCCCACACAGAGUCCGGUUCAGUCGGCCCCACUUAGUCCUAGAUCGAUUAGUGACAGGCUGAAGCAGCCGAAGUUGCUGCAGAAGAGAGUGGAGGCGCAACAACAGAAAUCCUUAAGCCCCGAACCGCCAGCUCCCCAAAGUGCGCCCAUUGAAGACAAGAAAGUGAACUUCAAAAUCGGAAAACAAAUCACGCCAGUGACUCAGACGGCCCCAGAAAGCCCCGAACUAUCAAUGGUCGACCCUCGGAAUGUCGUCACUAAGCAAACGAACUACAACCAGAGCUUGAAGCAGAGAAUCAACAACUUGGUGUUGAAAACCUUGCAGGAAAACACCGGCCGAGAUCGCCAAUCCAUGCUAAACCAGCAACCGUACAAUGACACCUGGAAGAUCAAACUGUUUCAAAACACCCGAGUGAUUUGCAGUGUGCGAGAAUGCCAGAUGGUGACUGAUGAUAUUUUGGCUAGGAAAAAUAGCAAAGCAUCCAACAGCGACUGGCCAUUUACAGAGGACAAAGUGAUCGUCGGCUUGGACUGCGAAGGAAUUAAUCUGGGCGUUAAAGGCCAGUUGACUCUGCUGCAAAUCGCCACAAUGGCCGGAUUCGCUUAUGUCUUCGACCUGAUUUCCUGCCCUCAAAUGAUCGAAGCCGGGCUGAGGAGAAUUCUGGAAAGCCCCGAUGUUAUUAAGAUUGUCCACGACUGUCGCAAUGACUCAGUAAACCUAUUCCGGCAAUUUAACAUCGUGUUAAAUUGCGUCUUUGACACUCAGGCGGCUCACGCAGUGCUAACUUUCCAAGACACCGGUCGCCCAGUUUACAAGGCGAAAAGCGUCGCCCUCAAUGCGCUGUGUGAAUUAUACGGAGCCACCAUCAAUCCGAUGAAAGAUCAGCUGAAGAACAUUUACAGGCGCGAUCAAAAGUACUGGUCCAGACGGCCACUGACUAGGGAGAUGAUCUUGUAUGCUUCUGCGGACGUGCUGAGCUUGGUCAGCGAGAAAAUCUUCUCGGCCAUGGCCAGUGCCAUUGCCGAAGACAACCGCAAACUUAUGAUGGAAUUGUGCGAGGAACAGGUCUACUUGCACAUCAGUCCCGAUGAGGUGAAGCUGAAGAAAAGACAGAGGAAAACUGAAACGGAAGUGAAGGAACUCAGGGCCAAAUUGGCACAAGCUGCCAAGAGCAUUGUACUUAGCAAUAGAGAAGUGAGACUGUUACGGUAUAUUGAGUUGACAGAGGAGGAAAAGGAGAAGCUGAAGUCCUCAGCGAAAGUUGCCAAGAAACUGGAGAAACUAGAGAGUCUGGGGCAGGAGAAAGACAAUGAGAGUUCCGAUGAGGACGGAGAAAACGACGACGGUUACCCUAGCUUUGAUAGCGACAUGACUUCGCCUAGAAACUCCGAGCCCACGAGUUUAACUGAAUCUAUGCAACUAGUAGAUUCAAUUUUAAACGACAAUAAAAUAGACCGCCUGGAUAAGAUCGACAAGCUGGAGUCCAUCCUCAGUUCGGCGGCUUUACUGCCAACUGAUGGGGAGCCAGCAAAGUGUUGCUGUAAUUGCCACAAUAAUAAAGUCAACGGGUUGAAAGUUGAUCGAGUACUCUCUCCUACUAACGAAUACGUUAGUAGCAUCUUAGAGGUGGGCGACAUUGUAGAUGCCAAGGAAAACCACAGCAACGUGAGCACCCAGACGCUCAGCACUGGUGAAAUAGUGGUGACGAAGAUUUUUUUCAAUGAAGCCACUGAUUGAAUAAUUAGUGAAUUAGUGGCCAUUUUAUAGCUCGGAACAAAAGUGGUAAGCUUUCACAACCUCGAAUUGUAUUCGUUUAUAUUUGCUUACCACACUUGAACGGAGGAUAUAAUUUAACAAUCUUUGGUUGUUGAUUAUGACCAUUGAAGCAAACAAAUCAAAAACUAAUAUUCUUUUUGAUUAGAUCUGAUUUCAGAAUCCAUCUGAUUUUAGACAGCUGUUAACAGCAAUAAUGUCUUCUUUAACUUAGUGGUUCUCCAACUGCACCUCCACUUUUUACGAGGUACAGGAACACUUAGCUGUAAGUGAUCUUUAUACAUAAUCAUACUAAUGCUCAAUAACGUUUUUAUCCUAAAUAAGAAAACCUACAAAUAGUAGAAAAGUAUCCAAGGGCCUUAACCAUGUGCAUUAUAGAAUAGGUUUUAGAAUGUUUUCAAUCAAAUGUGUAUACUAGAGUUUUAGUCGGCAAUUAAUCCUGCGGUUUUGCAGCAAACUGGGUGCUCUAAGUAGAACGAUUUUUUGUGUUUGUCGAGUGUUUCAGGGUGAUGUGACACGAUUGCAAAUUCGGGGUUUUAUGUAACCAACAAUGUUCCAUGGAUUGUUACAAGAAGUUUUCCAAACUCACCCUGAACUUGGUAUUGUGAUAAAGUUGUUUAGUGGUAGAUUCAUGUUAAGCAUAUUUAUAUGGAAGGAAAAAAGACCGUGCCUUAAAUCUAAACUGAUAGUCUCACGAUUGAACCCGUAAAUUUUACCCUUUUUUAUUUGAUCGACUAAAAACCAUUGUUUAGAUUCUAUGGAUAGUACUAGUAGGUAAUCGACUGCAAUUAUAAGUUUUUUAUAUUAGAAAAUUGAAAGCAAACUUGUAUAGAAUUUGCCGCCAUAUUUCGUUGUACACUGUGCGUGCGUUCUGUAACUUUAUAUUGUGUUUACUACAAUUGUCCAUGCAGUAUAUUGCAUAGUUGUUUCUUAGCCAAGAGGUUUAGUCUAUGGACCUGAUUGUAUACUAUCAAAUGCAGCGCAUACGUUUAAAAUUGUUGUCUAUAGAGCGAAUCCAUGGCUAAGUAGGUAUAGCUAAUUUUUUAUUUAUGAAUUAUACCUAUAUUUAUUGGAGGUUUUUACGUCUUAAAGCCGUUUUAAGACAGUGAAGACCCUAACAAUGUUAUUAACUCUAAUAAGCAAUAUUUGUGUAUUAUUAAUACAUAUUAUGUUUGCUGGGAAUGGUUUAAUAGACUUAUAUUAUUA